AUGACUUUCAAGUGCUGUUUAUUAGUUUUACUUUUAACGGAAUAUGGUCAUGCAGCCAAUAAAUCUUCAAAUACCAAAGAUACCAAAGCAACAUCGACAGCAACAGUAGCAGCAUCAACCACUACGACGCCGACUACGUCGCCAAUACCAGCCUCAGCAAAGUCCAACGACAAACUCUCAUAUCCCAAAAAGGUCAACACUUCAAAGAAACGUCCAUCGAAAUCUACGUCGCUCAAGAAGGUAGCCGAUAUAACGGAUAAAUUUAAAGAUUUGCCCGCAGAUGAUUUGGCCUUUAUCAAAGAACUGGACAAACAAUUUAAACAGCACGGCGGCAAGGUGAAAAUCAAGGUAGAAAAUGAUAAUGCCACCACGGUGUCAACGUCGAAGAACAGUAAGAGGACCAUUGAGGGGGAAUUGGGCUAUGGCUAUGCACAAAACGGCUACGACUACAGUCCACCAAAAUUUGAAUUCUACCCCUAUUCCCAGAAGGAUAUACCCAGUGAUGCUCCAAAAUAUUUCUUACCCAAUGGUAAGACUGAAGUUACCGUAGAACCUUCCUUCUCAUAUGAAUUGAAACCCCAAACCUAUGUUCAGCAUAAUGGUGGUAAUGCUCAAGUCGAUUUGCCACAUCCAGGAGAGGAACAAGUUUUAAAUGAGCCACAGCAGCACCACAUCCCCGAACAGCCACACCAGCAACAACAAUAUGAAGAACCGGUUAUUGUUUUACGUAUACCCGGACCGGCGAAAUAUGCCUCACAUUUGCAAACGUUGCUGCAACAAUAUUUGGAAAUUCGUGCUGCACAAUAUUUGCGGAUUUUGGAGGAAGCGGAACAGCAGCGUCAACAUCAGCAGCACCACCAACAACAUGAACAGCAUCAGCAGCAACAGUUGCAGGAAAUUGAUUAUGCUCAACAUGCUGGUCAUGUGGAAGAUGUACCCACCCCAGCUCCCGUGGAAUAUAAUCAGGAAUAUCAGCAACACCACCAACAACAGCAGCUGCAAUAUGAACCUCAGCCCCAAUAUCCCGCCAUUGAUGAUGUCUAUCAGACCUAUAAAUAUAAACAUCCCAAUCACCCCGAACAGGCUCAGCAACCGGAAAGUCCAGUCCAAAGUUAUUAUCAAGCACCAGAACCGCAAAAACAACAACACUAUGCCCCACAACCGGAACAGCCUCAGUAUUAUUAUGCCCAUCAACAGGAAUAUGCCCAGCCCGAAGGGCCACCAGCCAUGUAUCAGCAUGUCUUCUUGAUUUCCAUGACUCCCCAGGCCGUCAACGAUUAUGAGCAUCAACAACAAUUGCAGCAGCCGCAACAACAACAUGAAGAGCCAUCACAACCCAUCUAUGUUCCCGCACAACCUGUUGCCGAUUUGGGAGAUCAUCACGCCCUGCCCAUCACGGAAAAUAAUCCACGCCCCUCCCACACCAAAGUCAUCUUCACACAUAACCCUGAACAUGCUGGGACGGAUUACAACAAUAUGUACCCCUUGCCCUCCAUUAAGCCCAAUGAACGCCAUGCUCCCCACUCCGUCCCUGACUAUCAUCAGGACCAUCAACAACAAUUGCAGGCCUAUCAUCAGCAGCAGCAGGAAUCUCAAGAGUCGCUGCAACACUAUCAACACCACCAACAACAACAAGUUCAAGUUCCGCAAAAGCAAGCUCAAGAACAACCACAACAAGUCGUGGCCAUAACCCAAAGACCCUUCAAUUAUCAUGCCCAUGGCACCAAGCCUCGGGCUCGUGGCCGCACAAAUUACAAGCGCAAGGCCUCCGGCACUGCGGACACCACCAAAGCCGAUCAAGUCCUGGAGAAAAUCAACGAUUAUGUUCGUGAGAAAUUUGGUGCUGAGACAGGUUCAGCGUCGGAAUAUAGGACCACCCAAGUGAUAAGCAAGAAAUGA